AUGGCCGACGGCGGAGGCUGGAGCACAAUCGAGUCCGACGAGGGCGUCUUCACCUCCCUUAUCGAGAACCUCGGCGUCAAGGACGUUCAAUUCGAAGAACUUAUUUCCCUAGAUGCAGACACAAUCCGCUCUUUAAGCCCCGUCUACGGCGUAAUCUUCCUCUUCAAAUGGAUUCGCGAAACGCAACAACCAACCUCCACAUCCUCAGCCACCUCACCCCCCUCCGGCACCUACGACACUGACCCCUCCCCGAACCUCUUCUUCGCGAACCAAACGAUCCAAAACGCCUGCGGCACGCAAGCCAUCCUCUCCGUGAUCCUCAACAACGACUCGUCCUCCUCCUCUACGAACCCGUUCCCCAUCAACAUCGGCCCCGAACUCCACUCCUUCAAGGACUUCACAGCGGGGUUCCCGCCCGACCUGCGCGGCGAAGCGCUCUCCAACUCAGAGCUGAUCCGGAGCGCGCACAACGCGUUCGCGCGCGCCUCGCCGUUCGUUGACGAGACAGUGCGGAAUAACCAGGAUGAGGAGGGGGAUGUAUACCAUUUCAUUGCGUACACGCCUGUUGAUGGGAAGUUGUAUGAGUUGGAUGGGUUGCAGCCUCAUCCGAUUUCGCAUGGGGGGUGUACCGCGGAGGAGUUCCCGGAGAAGGUGAUUGAGGUGUUGAGGCAGAGGAUUGCGAGGUAUCCGGAGGGGGAGACGAGGUUUAAUCUUAUGGCUGUGGUGAGGGAUUUGAGGGUCACGGCGAAGGAGAUUGGGGAUGUGGAGGCGUUGGAGAGGGAGGAGAGGAAGAGGAGGGCGUGGGCUUGGGAAAAUACAUUGAGACGGUCGAAUUUCGUUGGGUUUAUUGGGGAGGUGUUGAAGGGGGUAGUGGGGAUGAAGGAUGCGCAGGGGGAGGGGAAGUAUGAGGAGUGGGUGGAGAAGGCGAAAGGGGAGACGCAGAGGAAGUUGAUGAGGAGGUAG